GUGACUGCUAGGUUAGCCGAUUACUGUUCUAGUAACUGCGUGUAUUUCUCUUGUCCUUCUCGACUCUUGGAUAUGUGGGAAAUGUCUACGUUAAGGAGAGAAGAGAAGCAGCAGAGAACAGACCUCAAAGUUGGACUCAUCCUUGCUCAACACCUUCUUCUGGUCCUCCAGUGUCCGGUCUUUUUACUCCCUUAUAAACAUCCAGAAGCUGUUGAUGAGUGAAGAAACCCCCCCUGAGGAGUGGAAGCCCAGUCUGGCCCAGGAGGAUACGGAACCUCUGCACAUUAAAGAGGAACAGGAGGAACUGUGGAGCAGUCAGGAGGGAGAGCAGCUUCAAGGACUGAAGGUGGAUGAUACUACCAUGUUCCCCUUCAGCCUCGUAACAGUGAAGUUUGAAAAUGUUGAAGAGAAACCUCAGUCCUCACAGCUUCUUCAGAGACAAAGUGAGCAGAUGGAAACAGGAGCUGAUGGAGAGGACUGUGGAGGAGCAGAACCAGCCAGGAGCUCAGAUCCAGAGACACAUUUACAACCAGAGGCUGAGCUCAAGAAUGAAGACUCUUCUGGAGCUGAGACUGAUGACAGUGAUGAGUGGCACGAUACACUAGAGAAACAGUCAAAAUUAAUUUCGGUAAAAUACCUGAAAGAUAUGAUUCUGAAGACUGACAAGAAAUCACACACCUGCCCUGAGUGUGGUAAAAUAUUCAAACAGAAACAGGAUCUGACCAGACAUAUAAGAACCCACACUGGAGAAAAACCCUUCUGCUGCCCAGACUGCAGGAAAAGAUUUAACCAUCGAUCUAAUCUGAAACUUCACAUGGCACAUCAUAGAAAGGAGAAACCAUUUGGUUGCUCAUUGUGUGGUUUAAGAUUUAUCCUAAAAGCAAAUCUAACAGCACACAUGUUAGUGCAUACUAGAGAGAAACCCUUUAGCUGCUCUGCUUGCAGUAAGAGAUUUAAGCAUAAAUCUGGUCUAACACUUCACAUAGAACGUUACAAAGGAGAGAGACACUUUGGCUGCUCUGUUUGUGACCAGAAUUUCUCAUUUUAUUGUCAACUGAAAAGUCACAUUUGUGAGGAAGGUCACACUUCCGAGUAUCAGGAGAAACAAGAUACAGAAACAGGAACUGAUGAAGAGGAUCGUGGCAGAGCAGAACUAGUCAGAAACUCAGAUCCAGAAAUACGUUUAAAUCUUAAACCAGAUAGUGACAGUGAGACCAAAUGGUCUGUUGAAUCUAAUGACAGAGUUGACACUGAUUUUUGGAAAAAGACAAGGCAACAUCAUUCUGGUUUCACUUAUCAGAGGAAGAAAAAGGCCUCAGUGAAUAAUGGAUGUAAUCCUACCAGCUAUCAGUUUGGCUGUUCUCAAAACUUUCAGAAAUCUGACCUCAGUAAUACUGUUAAAAUUGAUUUAUGCAGCAAGGCAAAGCACCUUCAGUCAGAUCCAAACUUUAUGAAAAACAAAGAAAUGGCUGAAAUUGGUGAAGAGACUUCAUCUUCUGGCUUCUUGUUACCUCAUAAAGAAAGCUCUCAGUCCUCACAUCUUCAUCAGAGACAAAGUGAACAGAUGGAAACAGGACCUGAUGGAAAGAACUGUAGAGCAGCAGAACCAGCAAGGAGCUCAGAUCCAGAGAGACACUUAGGAUCAGAGACUGAGAUCAAGACUGAAGACUCCUCUGGAGCUGAGACUGAAGACACUGAUGAUCAGAGGACGACCAGAGAACAUCAGAUGGAUUUAAACUCUCUGAUAAAUGACGGAGUCUCCAGGAGUGCAGUAUUAUUUGACUCUGACAGGGGCCUAGAUUUCUCCUCUGACUCUUAUCAAACUCGUCACAACAAACAACCUCUAAAAAUCCACAGAAACAGUCACAAAGAGGCCAAACUUUUCAGUGGCCGAGGAUGCGAGGACCAGUUUACAGAAAGCAAAAGUUUGGGCCAGCACGUUGCAGUCCACAAAGGGGUGACCAGGGGUGAAAAGCAGGAAGAAAUACAGCCUCCUCUUAUUAAGGAAGAAAAGGAGGAAGUCUGGAUCACUCAGGCUGAUAGAACCAUGUUUCCCUUCACAUCGGUCUCUGUAAAGAGUGAACAUGAUGAGGAGAAACCUCAGUCCUCACAGCUUCAUCAGAAACAAAGUGAACAGAUGGAAACAGGAGCUGAUGGGGAGGACUGUGGAGGAACAGAACCAGUCAGGAGCUCAGAUCCAGAGAGACAUUUACAACCAGAGACUGAGGUCAAGAAUGAAGACUUCUCUGGAAGUGAUGACAGUGCUGACAGUGAUUUUUGGACAGAGACCAGAGAACGGCGGCCAAACCUCAAAUCUCAAGAAACCAACAAUUAUGAGAAACUAAAUUCUGUUAAGAAGUUUCAUCAGUGCUCAGAGUGUAGUAAAAUAUUUAGACAGAAACAGGAUGUGAUAAGACACAUGAGAAUUCACACAGGAGAGAAACCAUACAGCUGCUUUGUGUGUGGUAAAAGAUUUAACCAAAAAGGAAGUCUGAGAUCACACAUGCUUCUCCACACCGGAGAAAAACCCUUCAGCUGCUCUGAGUGCAGUAGAAAAUUUAGAGACAAGUCUAAUCUGAAACUUCACAUGGCACAUCACAGAGGGGAGAAGCCCUUUAGCUGCACUGGGUGUGACCAAAAAUUCACUUGGAAUAAUCAGUUGAAAAGACACAAGUGUGCUGGAGGCCAGGCUUCAGAGCUACAUCAGUACCAUUUAUAUCAAGAGGUUGAGGUCAAGACUGAAGACUCCUUUGAAUCUGAGACAAGAUGGAGAUGAUGAACGGAGGGAAAACACUGAAUGUCGCUCAGGUUUAAACUAAGAUACAGCUUGGUAUGUUGGUUGUAAUAUUUGCCUACAAAUAUGAUAUAAUAUAGUCUUAAAUCUGGUAAAAAUCAGAUCUUUUUCUUUGAAUUCAGUCACCUUAUCUAAAGUUAAAGGGGACAUAUUUUACCCUUUUAAGACAAGUUUAUAUUGGUCUUAGAGAUCCCCAAACAUGCCUGUGAAGUUUGUUUCUGAAUCUGCCUCUUUUCCAGCUCUGCUCAGACCGAGCUGUUCCUGUGUCUCAGCUGGCAGCUGAGAGGAGGAUCAGGAGAGGAGGGUGGUUAAGGGGAAAUCUGAGAACGGCUUGUUUCAGCGCACAUUUUCUGAAAUGUGGGGGGAUUGUGGACAGGCCAGGGGCACAUAAUUUUGUUAGAAAAGCCUAAAAUGAUUUUUGCAUAUGUCCCCUUUAAAUUAAAGUGGCAGAAACCUGCGAAACUACGGCACUGUUUUUUUUUUUAACACAGGACUGCAGUGUCAGUUGGACAACAAUGCAAAGUUGGUUUGCAGAAUGUGGCUAACAUAGCAGUGCUGCCAGCGUCUAAACCUGUGUUUCCCAAACUGGUUUUUCUAGUGACCUACUUUUCAGGAAGUAGAAGCCAUCAUGACUGAUCCAAAAUUGGCCUGACUGAUAAAUUAUUAGGCAGGUUAAUUGUGCAAUAAUAAAUGCUUUUGACCACUUUAAUACUGUUUCUAGUUUAUAUUUAGUUUUUCAAAAAGCCAGUAUGACAUACAUGUUUGACAUAAACCUCACUUCACCUCUAUCACAUAGGCUGUCUUGGCAUGCUUGGCCCCUCCUUAGCUGUUUGCUCUGGAUCAGUAUGUUUCUGCAUUAUUAAUCAAGCAUCCAUGGCAGUGCCUGCUAGAGCCUUGUUUUGUGUAUGGUGGAGAGGAUGAGUGUGAUAGGGUGGAGCUCCCCCCAUGCGGAUUUAAUUUGUGCUGCAGACCUAAAUAUCACAUUAAAUGCUGUGGGGAGGACAUUCUGAACACUCAUCUUACC